AUGUCGUCUACAAUGCCUCCGACUGAACCGCCCGUAGCCGCCGACGCAGAGAAAAAACCAGGGGCAGCAGCGCCUAAAAAGAAACGGAAUAUCAAGGCGCUACAGCUGAAUGUCGAGCCGGCAAGCGCACCCGCACCCGCCCCUCCUCCCAUCCAGCUCGCCGCACGUUCCUCCAAGGCCCCGGGCGCCAAACCCGCUGCUGGCAAACGUAAGCCGCCCAAAAUGGACUUGACCAAGUCCAAGGGUGCGGCCCCCGACGAUGCGGCAGGCAAGAAGGCCACUUCCCCUGGUUUACUUAACGUCGAUGCACCAGGCUCGGCUCCUGCUGCUCGUCGCACCAGCUACCACUCCAAGCUCUCCGAGCAAUUGGCAAACCUUGAUGUCGGAGCUGACAAGCUCGACCUCAAGCUCGAGGAUCUUGAAGAAUUCAGGGAACUCGGUGCGGGCAACGGCGGCACCGUCAAGCUCGUCAAGCAUUUACCGACCCAGACCACUAUGGCCAAAAAGGUUGUGUUUAUUGAUGCGAAGCCGGCAGUUCGCAAACAGAUCCUCCGAGAACUCCAAAUCAUGCAUGACUGCCAUUCAGAACACAUCAUCUCCUUUUACGGCGCCUUUGUCUCUGACCCACACAUUCAUAUCUGCAUGGAGUAUAUGGACAAGGGCUCGCUAGAUGGGAUUUACAAGAAGCAUGGUGCUAUUGAUAUCCAAGUCGUCGGAAAGAUUGCUAUUGCCGUUCUCGAGGGGCUCACCUACCUUUACGAUGUUCAUCGUAUCAUUCACCGUGAUAUCAAACCUUCCAAUAUCCUAUUCAAUUCUAAAGGAGAAAUCAAGAUAUGCGAUUUUGGCGUAUCAGGGGAACUUAUCAAUUCGAUUGCUGACACGUUUGUGGGCACUAGCACGUACAUGAGCCCUGAACGAAUUCAAGGCGCUCAAUACACUGUAAAAUCCGAUGUAUGGUCAUUGGGUAUUUCGCUCAUUGAACUUGCGUUGGGCCACUUCCCAUUUGCCGAGUCAUCAUCAGAUGACUCUGACCUGUCCGAUUUGGCCGAACUCGACGAGAACGUAUCAACUUCAAAUCCGGUCGAUUUGUCGACACUACCUUCCGGUCGAAGCAAGAAGCCAAAAAGGCCGACGACGAAAAAAGACAAGCGCAAGUCCAAAGGUGUAUCACUACAAGGUGGAGGAAUGACCAUGUCAAUUCUUGAACUAUUGCAACAUAUCGUGAACGAACCUGCCCCGAGACUUUUACCGGAAAGCAAGUAUCCACCCAUGGCGGUCGAGUUUGUGGACCAAUGCUUGUUGAAAGACCCAGAGGCCCGACCAACUCCCAAGGAUCUUUUGUAUCGCACUCGAUUCUCGCCUCCUGACCUCAACGCUAUGGGUUCCUCUAGCUCGACAAUCGAAUUCUCCCCUCUCGUGCCUCAGAGCCCGCCGUUGGGCAUCAUGCCCGCAUACGCCCAAAACCAUGAACUCACACUCAAGUUGCGAGAAAAGCGCAUGUCCCUCUCGGGUGAUUCUUUCGAGAUUACCGAUCCACAGGGCAGACCGUACUUUAAGAUAGAAGGCAGCGCGCUUUCUUUUAGAGACCGAAAGAGCGCGAAAUUGGAUGUUACAUUCAAGAAUGCGGCAGAUGGUAGAGAGGUCCGGCUUGACCUCCGGGGGUCGCUUUUCGAUCGAAACGCGGAGAUUACGGUGAAUGACCAGCCAGUCGCAAGGAUUUCGAGGCAAUUUAUGAAUUCUGGUCAAUUGAUUUUUGACCAGCAGACUUACUACCUCACCGUCGCACCAGGAGUUGACGCUGCAAUGAUGGUUGCGCUGUGUGUAUGCAUGGAUGAAAAACAGAAUGAGCAGCACUAG